AUGAAUCACGUAUAUAACAACGAAUAAAUCCAGCAACUUGUCUAUUUGAACUAAAUUGAAAGAAGUAUGAUCAAUCAAAACAAUAACACUCAUUAAAAUCAACCCCACGGAUAGACUUUUAGUAGUCCUAAUUGUUUUAGCAAAAAUUUGAUUUCAUCAAACUUACUCAGUCCAAUUGACCAUACUUAAAACAAUAUGUAAAACUAAAAAGUCGUAAACUAAGGUCAAUCCAGUGAAGCACUUCCUAAUAAUCAGUUUCUAUUCAACCACUGCAUUUAGGAAAAUGAUUUAAUCAUUGAACGCAAAGUUCAACUGAAUUUCACAAACAGUAAUAGUCUAAACAGAAAACAACGAGGGGAAGUGUCUAAUCAGGAGCUAGAGUCUAUGGGACAGUUGAUGAAAGUAAAAUUGCUUAAAUAAGUUUACACAUAAGCCAACAACACACUAGAACACUCUAAUUCAAAAAUCUAAUUCCAAAUGCCUUCAAUGGCUUCUGUAUUUGGUGGAUUCAUGACCUCCGCCCCUAUCCACGAAAUCUCGACAUGCGGCUCUAGAACACAUGAAGAAUAGUCGUAUGACAUGGGAGAGAUUCCCUAAGAGAGUCUCAGCGAAUUGCUUGCUCCGGAAGUAGAAAAAGGCUUUUCAGUAUCAGUACAGAAAAAGAGACGAAGACUAGUUGAGGUUCUAUAGACCAAGAGAACCUUAGAGAUUGUUAUCAAGCCUCAUAAAAAAGCAUUCAAAGGUGACAACGUCUAGAAUUUCAGAGGCAGUAAAUUUAGAGGGAUUUCAAAAAAUGGAAACUCAUGGCAGAUCUUAGUCAUGGUUAACAGAAAAAAGAAAUACCUGGGCACACUUCCUACUGAAGACCAAGCAGCCAAGUUCUAUGAUAAAGUAGCUAUUUAAUACUAAGGUCACAAAGCUAAGACUAAUUAUUCUUACUCUAAAAAUCAAAUUAUUCAAAUCCUUAAGAUGGGCCCACUACUGUGA